GAAUGCUGACCGAAGAACAGUUGAAAAUGAUAUCUUUUUCCCACUGUUUAAUGGGAUAUUUACAUCUAAUCAUAAUCUCGACCUGCCUAUUAUUGGCAUACUUUUUAAGCAUAGUAGUACAUUUUUUAUUCGACUAACGUGGGGUAAAGAUCAACUUUAUUGCAGUAUUACAAAGGAAUACUUAGAGUGCUUAUUAGAAAGUGAGCAUAAUCUCAUUGAAGAAACAAGAAAUUGUACAGGGAAGCUUUUAUCUUCUAAACUUGGUAUUUUAAAAAUCAUUUUCGAAUAUAUAUUGUUUGGCAGAACCGAAGAUUGUUGGAUACUACCAGUAUCCUUACAAUACGAUAAAAUAGUUGAGACAGAAGCCUACGUUAAUGAGUUGUUGGGUAAUCCCAAAAAAAAAGAAACUUUAUGGAGUGUUGUAACAAAUAAUAGGCUUAUGCAAUUGAAAUAA